AUGUUAUCCACACAAGACACAACCACCACUAGUGCCGUGUCAGCCCAUCAUCCGAUCCAAUAUCCUCGUAUUCAACAUUUGGAUCAAAUCAUUGAAAAUAUUGGCCAAACCUAUGGAUUCACCUUUCAACACAAUGGACCUUUUACAUUUGUGAGCUAUAAAAUUGUAUCUAGUGAGAGUUUUCCUUCCAUCCCGAUCAAGGAAAUUUCCAAGAAUCAACUCGUCAUUGAUUUGGAUCCACAUGAAUUUGAGAGGAGAAUGUUGAGAAGAGAAAUUAGAGGACUUGUCUUUGAUCGGGAAUCGAAACGUUUACUCUACAGAUCCAUGCCUAAAUUUUUUAAUGUCGACGAGCGAGAGGAAUGCAAUGUGAAACUUGUCGAAAAAAUGUUGAGUCAUUUGAAAAGAGAAACUGGAAAGGAAACCCCAUUUCUCUUGUUGGAAAAAUUGGAUGGUUCAUUAUGUACACCAUGUAUUGAAUUUUUGAAGAGUAAUGAUUAUAAAAAUUCUAGUCUUGACACAGCACAACAAGAAACACCUCUCAUUCCCUUUCGAUUACGUUUUAGAACCAAGUUGGACUAUCAAAAUGAGCAUUCACAGUCGAUUGAGGAAUUUGUGUAUGGCAUUGAAAGGAAUUGCUCAAUAGAGAGACCACAGAAUACGACUCGUAAUAAUGCAUUAUUGAAUAAGGAUGGUGAUAAUGAAGAGGUUCAUGAAAAUUCCAUGAAUGAGUAUGGAGACUCAUCAAUCACAAACACAAACUUUCAGGAAGAAUUGAGAAAAUAUCACGAAAAACGAAAACAAAUGCAUGAAAAGCAAUUACCAAUUUUCUAUUGCUCGCAACGUAAAGUUGGGAACCUUGAUAAUUUAGAUUCAUCUUCAAUAACCAUUCCUUUCACAUUGAGCUUUGAAAACGCACCCUCCUUACUCGAACAAACCAAGCAUCUUGCUUCUGGAAAUUUAAUUCGAUUUUGUGUGAAUUGGAUCUCAAAAGGUUUCACACCAUUAUUUGAAUACUUUUCACCGGAUCAUCGUGUGGUUGUAAAUUAUGGAAAUACUCCUUUCAUAUCGUUGCUUGCUCUAAGGCAAACCAUUCUAGGAAAUUUUGUACCAUAUCAUGAAAUGAAACAAUCUUGUAUGGAAUAUGGAAUUGAAUGUGUCAAAACAUGUACCAAUGAAACCAUCAACAAACAAACUGAUUUGAAAUCCAUAAAGAAAGCCAUUGAAGAAGAAAAAGGUCAUGAAGGAUAUGUCAUGAUUCUUGAUAAUGGUCUCAUGUACAAGAUCAAAUCCGAUUGGUAUUUGAAUAUUCACAAAACGAAUGAAAUGCUCAUCACAGAGUCGAUGCGAGAGGGUCGUAUUUGGUACAUGAUUUUCGAGAAUACUCUUGACGAUGUAUUGCCACAUGUUCACUCUGAAGAGCACAGAAAGAGACUUUGUGAUUUCAAUGACAAGGUUAUUUACAAUCUCACAAAAACAGUUGAAUUUUUGGCCACUCUGAUGCGUCGUGUGGAUCAAGAAUUACAAGAGAAAGGACUCACCCAUGAACCCAAUGCCUUUGUCAAGAUGGCCAAAGAGAUUUGUAAAAAUCAAAAACAUUCCUUCUUUUGUGGUUCAAUUAUGAAAGUGAAAGGCCAACUCGAGAAGAAGUUGUUGAAUGGAGAAAUUAAGGAUGUGAGUGAAAUGGAAACUGAAACCAGUGCUCUGUUGUCAGAUUGUUUGGUUCAAUAUUUGAAACCACUAGUGAAAAAAGUUGAGGUUAUCCGUGAUAUUCUUACCAAUUAUUUGGUGUUGAUGCCACCAUCACUAACUGGUUGUGAACAGCAAGAGCCAUCCACAGAGAAAAUUCCAUUAAGGCGAUAUGAAUCUCAGGAAGAAGCCAUGAAAGAUCUCAUUCUCUUCACUUCUCAAUCGAAGGAGAAUUGA